UUAUACUUGUUUAGGAUUAUUGAAAUUAGACAUUUCACAAUUAUAAGAAUUCAAUACUUUUUCUGAUCCUCUGUUUGUGCCUUAUGCCCGAAGUAUAUCUAUAUUAUGCUCAUUUUUUUGGCAGUUUUGGUUACAGUGUCAGUACCUGCUCAAAUCGAUAACUUGUUUUACUUUUUCUUAUCCGCAUUUAAACUGACCACUGGAAAAUAGUUACUUUAUGUUUUAUUUAUUUUCAGUUCUACUGGAACAUUUAUCCUGUUUUCACGUAAAAAAAUUUAUUUAGGGUAUCUGGAGCACAGAUGGAAUUUAUUGCCUUCAUAAUUGUCAAUUGAGUUAUGGUUUCCCGAUUUCAUUUUUUAUAAACAUGCUACGGAGCUGUAAUGGUCAACCAUCGGGGCAUUUUGCCAAAUUUAAGUAAUUUUAAAACUCAGUAGUGCAGAGCUAUACGGUUUUAUUCCAAUGCUAUUACUAAAUUAAAGCAUUAUUAUAACUUAAUUUCGAUGGAUGCUGGCAAGAUCCAUGAUUAUGUGCAAAUAAUCAAUAUAUUAUUUGGUUUUAAAUUUCAGAUGUUCCUUUGAUCCAUAACAGCGUAGUCUGGGAAAAACUGUAUUUGGGGAGCCAGCAACUUUCUCAAAAUAGUUCUGGUGAUGUAUAAUGUUUAAAAGUGGUGCUUCAUCCAUUAACCGCUUUCAAAUUCAAAGAGAAGAUCAGUGAAAGAUGCCAGAAAUUCAUUUGGGUGUACACACUAUAAGAUCACAUGGAGUUACAGUGGCAAGAAUGCAUGUGCAUGACUGGCUAAUUCUUGGCCUUCUUGUGGUGCUAGACAUCAUUUUGAACCUUAUAGAACCAUUUCACCGUUAUGUUGGAGAGGGGAUGAUGACUGACCUCAGAUACCCUUUGAAAGACAAUACUGUUCCUUUUUGGGCUGUUCCAAUUAUCGGGAUAUUGUUGCCUUUUGCUUUCAUUCUCAUCUACUACUUCAUCAGAAGGGAUGUUUUUGAUCUGCACCAAGCCAUAUUGGGUCUUCUAUUUUCUAUACUGAUCACUGCAGUUAUAACGGAUGCGAUCAAAGAUGGUGUUGGUCGUCCACGUCCAGACUUCUUUUGGCGUUGUUUUCCUGAUGGCAAAGCGGUAUUUGAGCAGGUCACAAGGAAUGUUAUGUGUACCGGAGAUAAGAGUGUCAUUAAGGAAGGACACAAAAGUUUCCCUAGUGGGCAUACAUCUUGUUCCUUUGCUGGUCUUGGCUUUCUUGCUUGGUAUCUGUCAGGGAAAAUCAGGGUAUUUGAUCAUGGGGGCCACGUUGCAAAGCUAUGUAUUGUUUUGUUGCCAAUACUAGCUGCUUCUUUAGUUGGUAUUUCUCGAGUUGAUGACUAUUGGCAUCACUGGCAAGAUGUAUUUGCUGGAGGUCUUAUAGGGAUGACAGUUGCUUCAUUUUGUUACUUACAAUUCUUUCCACCCCCAUAUGACAUAGAUGGUUGGGGACCUCAUGCGUAUUUCCGCAUGUUGGCAGACUCUCGAAAUGACAUUCACUCCGCAACAACCAACACAAAUACUCUCAAUGUGCAGCAAUCAGAGCUUGGAAGUGAAUACAUGCGACCUCAACACAUCGUUGAAAUAUCAGGAGUCAAUACCGCGGACUCAAGCCCCAUGCUUGAUGCAUUGGAAAGUGGGAGGAGAUUCUGAUCACUUUUAGGCUUGGAUUGCAAAUAGCUCGAGGCUACCAGACGUGUCCCUAUUUCUUCAAGAUAAUAUUAGGAUGUAAAUUUCAUCUGCAGAUACCUGACCUCGAACUUUUAACAUGGAAAAGACCAUCAUCCCUCAUUAGAUCGAUUGAUUUCAUGGACUGCUCAGCUGUUUUCU